GACUCACAUGUCAGAGGGUUAGAGAACGGGACGGAUCCCGCAGGGAUGACUUGUAAAAGGGGUUGGGUACGAAAAUAUCUCGCGGCCCAGCACGGCGGCCGAAGCACCAGAACUGAGCCCAUUGAAUGGAACGGGCUCGGUUAUUUCUUGGAAAAAGUAAAAAGGCCCAGGUAGUCUCAUGGUCCUCCCCAGCCCAUAUGUCUGCGUCUCAGCAUCCGCAUGCAGCAUGUACGCAGAAGAGUCGCAGCCGUAUCCACACAUGCCGGGUUGCAAAGCACCUGCCGGCUUCCUGCGACCCCGCGAAGCCGAUGGUCACGAGCAACACAUCCGAGUGAGAUCCGCGCGCCCCUCAGUUCUCGGCUGCAAACCAUGGACCAAAAUAGGGUGACUGGAUGAGCACACCACAGAUUGGCCGGCGCAUGAGGAAAGAAGAAAACCAAGAAGAAACAAACCGUGGCGAGGUAGAAGAAGCCAGGGAAGGGGCAAAACGCAGCAGCAGCAGCUAGCACGGAGCCAUGCAGGCGGUGCGGACGCGGCCGGAGGCGGCGGCGGUGCAGGCGAGCCCGCUCGCGAGCGCACGGUCGUGGAGCCCCGAGGCGGAGAUCGGGAUGCGCGUGGAGGACAUCUGGGGCAGCCUGGACGUGGAGCAGCAGCACAUCAGCCACGGCGACAAGCUCAACAGCUGCUUCGACAGCAUCAACGUCGCCUCCUUCCCGCACACCUUCGACGGCGCGCAGCUGGUGGAGAUCCCCUCCGACGCCACGCUCGCCGAGGCCGUCGACAUCCUGUCCCGGAACAGGAUCAUCAGCGCCCCCGUCAGGAACGUCGACGCGCCCGAGGACGCCAGCUGGAUCGACCGCUACAUCGGCAUCGUCGAGUUCGCCGGCAUCGCCGUCUGGCUCCUCCACCAGUCCGAAGCCGCGGCGAAGGCCGACGUCGGCGCCGACGAGCUGGCGGCGAAGCUCGGCACCGUCACCCUAGAGGGCGCCGCCGCCGCGGCCGCGAACGUGCGGGAGCCCAAAACGGCGGAGUCUGAAGGAGCGAUCGCAGAAGUCUUCGGAGCCCUGCCGUCUUCAGACCUGUUCAACAAAACAAAGGUGAAGGACAUCUCCGGGUCGUUCCGGUGGGCGCCGUUUCUGGCGCUGCAGAGCUCCGACACGUUCCUGACGAUGCUGCUGCUGCUGUCCAAGUACCGGAUGAAGAGCCUGCCGGUGGUGGACAUCGGCGAAGGCACCAUCAGCAACGUCAUCACGCAGGGCGCCGUCGUGCACAUGCUCUCCGAGUGCGUCGGACUCCACUGGUUCGAGGAGUGGGGCACCAAGACGCUCUCCGAGAUCGGCCUGCCCAUCAUGAGGCUCAGCAAGAUCGUCAAGGUUCGCGAGGACGAGCCGGCGCUCAAGGCCUUCCGGCUGAUGAGGAGAAAAGGGGUUGGCGGCAUACCGGUUGUGGAUGAUAGCGGCAGGGCGGUAGGCAGCAUAAUGAUCAAGGAUGUCAAGCAUCUCCUUACGGCAUCGGAGAACCGAGACUACAGGACGCUAACAGCGAAAGAAUUCAUUGCAAAUGCAAGGCAGAGCUCCGGUGAAAGGCAAAUGAGCAUCAUAACGUGCAGUAGAGGGGACAGUGUCAAGGACAUAAUAAUGAAGCUGGACGCAGAGAAGAGGCAGAGGAUCUAUGUGAUCAACGAGGAAGGGAACCUGGACGGGUUGAUCACCCUCAGAGAUAUCAUCGCCAAGUUGGUGUAUGAGCCACCUGGCUACUUUGGGGACUUCUUCAAUGGUGUUAUCCCUCUACCACAAAACAGCAGGGUUUGAAAAGUUUAGUCAAAUCAGGAAUUACUUUUUGCCAUGCUCUCUAUUGAUUCAUUCUCUGUAGAACUUGAUUAUUUUUUCCUUCCCAUUUCUAGUGUUCAUAAGUGUUUAGUGAGCUCACCUUAUCACUUCUAUGUAGAUAGAUAGCUUAUCAAUUAUCAUAAUGCUUCCAUGUGUGGAACACUAAUGCUUCGAGCCUCUGAUCAUGUUUAAGUUGAACAAGUCCUAUACCUGGAAUUUAGCCAUGAUAGCUUCACUUAUUUCCAUAUUACUAUAUAUCCUGUUCCUGGGACUAGGUACUAGAUUACAGCUUAUCUACAGUUUGCCUGCCAUGUUUAUUAGUUCCUUUGUCCUUUGAUUUAUAUUUUUUUUUUCAGAAUUUUCAUUAAGUACUCUCAACAGUUUGAACUCAGGAAGCACAUCUUCUUGUUUUUCCAGAAAUUUUCGUAUCAAUUUACUAUGUAAACUGAAAAGGUUUUCUAGAUUUUAUAGAGUUUGUGGUUUAUUAUUUGUCAAAAUUCACACUAAUCACUCUCAACAGUUUGAAUUAGGAAUAACAUCUUCUUCUCCUUUUGUUCAAAAUUUUCAUAUCAAUUCUUGUUUUUCCAAAACGUUUUUUCUAGUAUUUCAGUAUUUGUAGUUUCCAUGUAUGUAUAUAGAUAUCUACCAUGUAUCUAUAUACAAUAGGCAAUACAUGAAGUAAUGAAUAGACACAUGAGACUUCAUUUGUCGGAUAUUUACUCAUCAAAGAUUUUGUGCAUAUGAACAGUGGUCCAUACGACCACAAUAGGCAACCUCAGGCAUCUAUAGGAAAAAAAAAUGAUUCAGAAGGCACAUAUCAAAGUAUGGAAGUAGGCUAUUAAAGUAAAGGUCACAAGUCAUCAAUCAGAUAGCAAAUGCACAAUAACAAACAGAACUAAGCGAGAACACCUAUGAACUGACAAGAUUAAGAACAUCAUAAGUCAUCA